AUGUCAUUGCGCUUCAAAAAGUCUAUUUCCACGACCUGUGACCGUGACCAGUUGCUGUGAUAGAAACAAAACAUCAAGAAACAAAGCCUUGGUCGUGAACCUGAUCGAGUCUCAUCAACCAAAUUCUUCACUCUUACCUUUACCACAUCUCUCACCUUGCGAGCUUGCGCGUUACACAUCUUACCUCACAAACAAACAUCACACUCAAAAUGGCCUCCACAUCCACCACCAACGGCGACGACUUCCUCGUCAAAGCCGGUCUCGCCCAAAUGCUCAAAGGCGGCGUGAUCAUGGACGUGACCACCCCCGCCGAGGCUCGCAUCGCCGAAGAAGCCGGCGCCUGCGCCGUCAUGGCUCUCGAGCGCAUCCCCUCGGACAUCCGCGCCGCCGGCGGCGUCGCCCGCAUGUCCAACCCUUCCAUGAUCAAGGAGAUCCAAGCCGCGGUCACCAUCCCCGUCAUGGCCAAGGCGCGCAUCGGCCACGUGGUCGAGUGCCGCAUUCUCGAGCAGCUGGGCGUCGACUACGUCGACGAGAGCGAGGUGUUGACUCCGGCCGAUGACCAGUUCCAUGUCCAGAAGGACGGGUUCAAGAUUCCGUUUGUUUGCGGGUGCAGGAACUUGGGCGAGGCGCUCAGGAGAAUCAAGGAGGGCGCGGCCAUGAUUCGGACCAAGGGCGAGGCCGGCACUGGAGAUGUCGUCGAGGCGGUGAAGCAUAUCAGGACGGUCAACGCGGAGAUUGCCCAGGCUAAGGCGGCGCUGGCGAGUGGCGGCGAGCUGGCGGUGGCGAAGAUGGCGAGGGAGAUUGGGGCCGAUGUUGAGUUGCUUAAGAAGACGGCGGAGCUGGGCAGACUGCCGGUGGUCAACUUUGCGGCGGGCGGUGUGGCGACGCCGGCGGAUGCGGCGCUCAUGAUGGAAUUUGGGUGCGAUGGUGUUUUUGUGGGUAGUGGUAUCUUUAAGGAUGCGAAGACUCCUGAACAUGCGCUGCAGAGGGCGAGGGCGAUUGUUAAGGCCGUGGCUCACUGGAAUGAUUAUGGUGCGUUGGUGGAGGCGUGCAUUGAGCAUGGCGAGGCUAUGAAGGGUAUUAGCAACGCGGGUAUGAAGCCGGAGGAGAGAAUGGCUGGAAGGGGUUGGUAGAGAGUGGAAGGAUGUGGUGUUGUUGAUGGCAUGUUUGGUGUGAUAUAAAAGCACAGUUAAAAGGGGGUUCGGAACGGCACCCGGGAGAUGGUUUGAGUUGCAACCCUGAGGAGCUUCCGCCGUUAGUUACACGUUAUGAAUGUGACGAGAUAUUUGUUGUAGCCAUGGCUCUAUUACCUACCGUAAAAAGUCGGGAAAAUACCUACGGAUUUCAGGCGUGCAGAAAAUUCCCUUUCUGUGCCACAUAUCUGUCGUGUCCAAGCAGUCAGAGCUGCU